AGUCUGCUCAGCGUGGUUAGUGAAACAGGAACCUGCCUUCUGCCAGCUGAGUGCCUUCCCCGUUUCUAACAGAGGAAGUGCAGCCUGACAGCAUGGGCCGUUCCUCUCUGUCCUCCUGAACCCCAGCCACCAGCUCACCCUAGAGCAGCCGCUGAUGGAGCUUGGAUGACCCAGAGCCUGGUGGUCCUCUACAGCCCAUUCCUGAAAGAGGCAAGGCCCCACAUCUGCAUCUGAAGGCUUCACACAUCUCCAACAGCUCCAGGAGAUACAGAAAUGGGGAACAGCAUGAAAUCCACCCCUGUGCCCCCUGAGAGGCCUCUGCCCAGCACAGAUGGGCUGGAAAGCGACUUCCUGGCUGUGCUGAGUGACUACCCAUCUCCUGACAUCAGCCCCCCGAUAUUCCAUCGGGGAGAGAAACUACGUGUGAUUUCUGACGAAGGGGGAUGGUGGAAAGCUAUUUCUCUGAGCACUGGCCGGGAGAGUUAUAUUCCUGGAAUAUGUGUGGCCAGAGUCUACCACGGCUGGCUGUUUGAAGGGCUGGGCAGGGACAAGGCAGAGGAGCUGCUGCAGCUGCCAGACACGAAGAUGGGCUCCUUCAUGAUCAGAGAGAGUGAGACCAAGAAAGGUUUCUAUUCGCUGUCGGUGAAGCACAGGCAGGUGAGACACUACCGUAUCUUCCGUCUGCCCAACAACUGGUACUACAUCUCCCCGCGGCUCACCUUCCAGUGCCUGGAGGACCUGGUGAGCCACUAUUCUGAGGUGGCGGACGGCCUGUGCUGUGUGCUUACCACACCCUGUCUGAUGCAGAACACGCCCACCCCAGCAGCCAGUGCCCCCAGCUCACCUGUCACCUUGCGCCAGAAGACCUUCAACUGGAAGAGGACACCCAGACUGCAGGAGGACCCCGAAGUUGCAGAGAACCCUCUGGGGGUGGAUGAGUCCCUCUUCAGCUAUGGCCUUCGGGAGAGCAUCGCAUCCUAUCUGUCCCUGACCACGGACGAAACCAGCCCCUUCGACAGGAAGAAGAAGAGCCUCUCCCUCAUGUACAGCGGAAGCAAGCGCAAGAGCUCCUUCUUCUCAGUCCCCCCCUACUUUGAAGACUAGCCAGAGGACCAUGGCCUGGCUCACACCCAGGGUCCCCAAAAGGCAGGGGCCUCUGCUCCCUGGACACCGCGGGUCCUCCAGAGGCCAAGAGAAGCCACAUAGGGGCUGCAGUGUGGCCAAAGGAGCUUCUCCUCCUUGGUGUCUGACCAGUGCUGUGAUACCACACGGCUGACUCAUGAUGAGGAGACACACUCCUGAGAGUCGUGUGUGUGUGUGUGUGUGUGUGUACUUGGUGUGCAGAGAAGAGCAAGACAUUCACAAGAAUGUGCAAAGGGACCGGGCUCCAGUGUACAGUGCAGAGGGUCCCACUCCACUGUCGCAGGAGAACGUUUUUUAUGAUAAAGCCUGGGAGGAAGAUGAGCCACAGGCUGCAGCAGCUACAGACGAGUAGCUGGGUCCGCAGAGUGGCCCUUGAUGAAGCCACUGUCGCCAGCCCAGGGACACCCGAGCAUGCACCCCAUCUCUUUCUAGGGGUCUUGUGACACUAGGCACUAGCCUGAGAGACUUUGCAGUGCUGAGCCUUGAGGCUCCCCGGGCUCUCUGCUGUCAAAGCCACUGUGGGAAGUGGGCAGUUGAUUGUCCUUCUCCCAGGAGGGAACAUGGGAGAAAAGGAGGCUGCUGGGGGACAGGCAGAAAUUGCUGCCAUGGCACAGGCUUCGGGAACACAUAGCCCUCCAUGGCCGGAAUGGAACUGCUGGGGCUCUAGGGCUUGUGUGAAGGCACCUUUGGUCUUUCAGGAUGGUCUGGCAAGGUGCUGUGAGCCUGAAAUGUGCUGCAUGGUGUGAGGCCAGAGCAGCAUGAAGAAUCUCCAGCCCUCAACAAUAUGUCAUGGCGGAGACAGGAAAAGCAGAUCAGCAGCUAAGUGGACAUUGGACAUGAUAGGAGAGACCCACCCACAGGGAGCAAAGGGCAGGUUCAGGUGAGGGCAACCAGGAACCAUGGAGGGAUUGCUGGACUGAGGAGACUGGUUGGAUUUUCUUCUCAAAAAGCAACGGAGCCAUUCUAAAGAAUUAAUGCCCCUUGCAUUUGAUUCUCAAGAGGGUCAGUCUGGCAUUCAUGUGAAUAAAAAUGCUGCACCCCAGGAAAAGGGGGAGCCAACGUGGCUGAGUUCUGCCAAAUCCAAUUACAAGAGGUAACGGAGAACGUGCAAAGCAUCCUGAGACGGGCGAGCCUUGGUCCAGGAGGCUGCCAGACGGAUCCUGCUGGAAGCCAGACAAGGAAGAUGCAUGCGUAUGUCAGCUUCCCCACCCCAUCUGGGUUUGAAGAAUUCUGGGAUGGAGGGGUGCGUGUGUGGUAUGGUGUGCCUGUUAUGGUACAUUCAUUCCCCAGUCCUGAGCUCAGCCUGCAGGGCUCUGACUCCAAGGACCUUUGCAGUUCCAACCCCUCCUAUGAGGUGGGUUCAGAGUGACCGGCCAGCAGUGAGGGAGGUAUGUCAUAGUGAGAGCGGGACCCCCCCGCCUUGCAGGACAGGUGACCUCCAGACUCCAGAUGCCAGCUCAGCAUUGUUAGUGUCCUAUUCCCCGUGGUCAAUGUCAUGAGAACUUUGGAGGGAGGCUGUGGGGAGACAUGUAAGUGGGAAGCAUUACAUUUUGUGGAAGCGUGUAUUUAUUCCUAAUGUAAACCUAAUAAAUAUUUAACCUUGGGAUAAGAUGG